AUGUCUAAACUCCUACAAAGUAUUAUCAGUACCAUUGAUGUUUUCUACCAAUAUGCCAGCCAGAAUGGGGAGUGUGACAUGUUGAGCAAGACAGAACUGAAAGAACUUUUGGAAAAUGAGUUUCACCAAAUUCUGAAGAAUCCAGAUGAUCCAGACACUGUAGAUAACAUCAUGCAAAGCCUGGAUCGAGACCAUAACAAGAAAGUGAAUUUUACUGAGUAUCUUCUGAUGAUAUUCAAGCUAGCUCAGGCUUGUAAUAAAAUCAUUGGCAAGGAUUACUGCCAAGCUUCAGGGUCAAAGCAAAGAGAUUACAGUCAUCAUCACCAAGAGGAACAGAAUGAAACAGAGGGAGAGGAAGACAAAGGGAGAGAAUCCUCUUCCAGAUAUUCAAGUUCAAGUGCAGGAGAGCAGGACUCCUAUUCCAGGAGCUCCAGAGGAAGCAACAAACACAAACUCAGAUCCAACUCCAGAAAACGGGGGCAUCAAAGAGGUUUGUCUAGCGCUGGACACAGGCAAAGCUCUGAGGAAAGGACAGAGUCAAGUUUAGGCCACUUCAAGGAUAGUGAGAAAAACAAGCAUGGCUCUCAUCAGCAAGAUAGAUCUGAGAGUGAAGAAAUUGGUUAUUCUCAUUCAAGAAAUGGCAGACAAAGAUCAAACUCAGCAAACCAGUCUGAAAGCCGUGGAGAACAAGGGCAUGAUUACCACUCUGAGAAUCAAUCUUUCAGUUCUGACCAACACUGGUCUGACUCAGAUGAGUCAACAGGAAACAGACGACAUAAAAAGAAGUCAGACCAGUCUCCUAAUGGGCAACAUCAUGGAUUCUGCCCAGGGAGUAGUGGAGGACAAGACCACAAGUCAAAUUCAAAUGAACCCACUUGUUGUGGCCAUGAGUCUGGUGCAGGCCAGCCCUAUCCACAGAUAAGGCAUGAAACAAAUACCAGAUAUCAAUCAGGAAACUGUGAAGAACAAGGAUACUGUUCUAGUUCAAGUGAGCCCUCCAGUUAUGCAAAACAUAGGUCAAACUCAGGACAGUCCUCCAGUCAAAGAAGACAUGGAUCCAAUUCAAGUGGUCAAUCAGGGAACUGGGGAAAGCAAAAUGAGGGAUCCGGAUCAGGCAAGUCCUCAAGUUUUGAACAACAUGGGUCUGGUAUGGGUCACUCAUCACACUAUGGAAAGCAUAGUUCCAAUUCUAGUCAUUCUUCUUGUCAAAGGCAACUUGGAUCCAGUUCAAGUGGUCAAUCUGGAUAUAGUCAACAACAAAACCAUGGUUCUGAACGAAGACAUUCUUCAAACUAUGAAGCAUAUGGGUCUGAAUCACGCAGGUCCAUGAGCAGUGGCAAAAAUCAGUCAAGCUCUUUUCAGUCCUCCACUCAAAGAAAACAAAGCAGCAGCUCAAGCCAUCAGUCAGGAAGCUAUGGAAGACAAAAGCAUGGAUCAGGAACAGGACAGUCUUCUGCCUUUGGUCACCAGGGGUCUAUUCCAUCAUGUGGUCAGCAUGAAUCUUCAUCUAGUGAGACCUCAAGCUCUAGCCAACAAGGGUCUGGAUUGGGUCAACCUUUGAACCAUAGUCAACAUAGGUCUGGUUCAGGUCAGUCACCUAGUUAUGGCCAACAUGGUUCAGGUGAAGGACAGUCUUCAAGAUAUGGAUCUGAAUCAGGCCAACAUUCUGGUUUUGGACAUGGUUGUAGCUCAGGACAGUCUUCUGGCUUUGGUCAGCAAGGAUCUGGCUUAGGUCAGUCAUCAGGAUAUGAACAACAUCAUUUUGGAAAUGGUCAAUCAUCAACCUAUGAAAAACAUACUUCUUCAGGCCAGUCCUCCGGUUUUGGACAACAAAGGUCUGGAUCAGGUCAGUCUAGUUACGGCCAACACAGGUCAAGUUCAGGACACUCUUCUAACUGUGGUCAACCAGGCUACGGAUUAGGUCAACCUCCUAGUCCGGGUGCACAUAGUUCUAACUCAGGUCAGUCAUCCCAACCUACUUCAGAAAAGACAUCAAGCUGUGCACAACAUGGAUUUAGCUCAGGUCAGUCCUCUAACUAUGAUCAGCAUGAGUCUGCCUCAAGUUACCCUUCAAGGUUUGGUCAAUAUGAGUCUGGUUCCAGACAUUCUUCUAGCCACAGCAAACAUGGCUUUGGCUCAGGCUUUGGGCAACAUGAGUCUGGCUCAGGGGAGUCUUCUGGCUUUAGCCAACAUGAAUCUGGAUUAGGUCGGUCUUCUAGCUAUGGUCAGCAUGGGUCUGGCUCAAGUCAAUCUUCUAGCCACAGCCGACAUCCUUCUGGAUCAGGUCAGUGUUCUGGCUUUGGGCAACAUGGGUCUGGAUCAGGACAGUUUUCUGGAUCCAGUCAACAAGCAUCUGGCUUGGGCCAAUCCUCGACCUAUGGGCAACAUGGUUCCACAUCAGGACAGUCCUCAUGCUGUGGACAACAGGGAUCUAGCUCAGGUCAGUCUUCUGGCUAUGGUCAGCAAGGGUCUUCCUCAAGUCAGUCUUCUAGCUUUGGCCAACACGGGUCUGGCUCAAGUCAGACUUCUAGCCACAGCCAACAAGGCUCUGGAUUGGGUCAGUCUUCAAGGCAUGGCCAACAUGGAAGUGGCCCAAGUCAUUUUUCUAGCCAUAGUCAACGCAGGUCUGCUGGCUCAGGUCACUCUUCUGGCUUUGGGCAACAUGAGUCUGGUUCUGGAGAGUCUUCUGGCUUUAGCCAACAUGAAUCUGGCUUAGGGCAGUCUUCUAGCUAUGGUCAGCAUGGGUCUGGCUCAAGUCAAUCUUCUAGCCACAGCCGACAUCCUUCUGGAUCAGGUCAGCCUUCUGGCUAUGGUCAGCAUGGGUCUUCCUCAAGUCAGUCUUCUAGCUUUGGCCGACACAGGUCUGGCUCAAGUCAGUCUUCUAGCCACAGCCAACAAGGCUCUGGAUUAGCUCAGUCUUCAAGGUAUGGCCAACGUGGGUCUAGAUCAGCUCAGUCUUCUGGCUCCAGUCAACAAGGAUCUGGCUUGGGCCAAUCCUCGACCUAUGGACAACAUAGUUCCACAUCAGGACAGUCCUCAUGCUGUGGACAACAGGGAUCUAGCUCAGGUCAAUCUUCUGGGUAUGGUCAGCAUGGGUCUUCCUCAAGUCAGUCGUCUAGCUUUGGCCAACGUGGGUCUGCAUCAAGCCAGUCUUCUAGACAGAGGCAACAUGGAUCUGGCUCAAGAGAACCUUCUGGUUUCAGUCAGCAUGAAUCUGGCUUAAGUCAGUCUUCCAGCUAUGGCCAACAUGGCUCUGCAUCAGGACACUCGUCCAGCUGUGGCCAACAUGAAUCUAGCUCAGGUCAGUCUUCAAGGUAUGGCCGACAUGGGUCUGGCUCAAGUCAAUCCUCUAGCCACAGCCAACAUCACUCUGGAUUAGGUCAGUCUUCAAGGUAUGGCCAACGUGGGUCUGGUUUUGGGCAACAUGAGUCUGGCUCAGGGGAGUCUUCUGGCUUUAGCCAACAUGAAUCUGGAUUAGGUCAGUCUUCUAGCUAUGGUCAGCAUGGGUCUGGCUCAAGUCAAUCUUCUAGCCACAGCCGACAUCCUUCUGGAUCAGGUCAGUGUUCUGGCUUUGGGCAACAUGGGUCUGGAUCAGGACAGUUUUCUGGAUCCAGUCAACAAGCAUCUGGCUUGGGCCAAUCCUCGACCUAUGGGCAACAUGGUUCCACAUCAGGACAGUCCUCAUGCUGUGGACAACAGGGAUCUAGCUCAGGUCAGUCUUCUGGCUAUGGUCAGCAAGGGUCUUCCUCAAGUCAGUCUUCUAGCUUUGGCCAACACGGGUCUGGCUCAAGUCAGACUUCUAGCCACAGCCAACAAGGCUCUGGAUUGGGUCAGUCUUCAAGGCAUGGCCAACAUGGAAGUGGCCCAAGUCAUUUUUCUAGCCAUAGUCAAUGCAGGUCUGCUGGCUCAGGUCACUCUUCUGGCUUUGGGCAACAUGAGUCUGGUUCUGGAGAGUCUUCUGGCUUUAGCCAACAUGAAUCUGGCUUAGGGCAGUCUUCUAGCUAUGGUCAGCAUGGGUCUGGUUCAAGUCAGCCUUCUAGUUAUGGUGGAUACAGUUCUGGAACAGGUCAGUCCACAAGUUAUGGCCAACAUGGGUCUUUCUCAGGUCAUUAUUCUAGCCAUGGCCAACACGCAUCUGGCUCAGCUCUGAACAAUAUCGAUCUGGUUGUUGUCCAUCAUCAAGCUCAGGACAAUGCAGUUCUGGAUAUGGGCAAUAUUCUAGCUCUGAACAAUAUGGUUCUGGAACUGGUCAGUAUUCAAGCUGUGAACAAUAUAUUUCUGGCUCACAAGGAAAAUGGGAAUCUAACUGUCCCCGUUCAAACUGCAAUGAACAGCAACCAAGAAGCAAUUAUAGACAAGUAG